GAUCAUCUGAGGACUUUUAAAUAGGAGCGACCUCGGAGUUGAGCGACAAAUGCAGGGGAACAGUUGUUCGAGUUUUAUUGUGAAAAUGUCUGAGCCUAUUAGAGUUCUGGUGACUGGAGCUGCUGGGCAGAUUGCCUAUUCCCUGUUGUUCAGCAUUGCCAAAGGAGAUGUCUUUGGCAAAGAUCAGCCAGUCAUCUUGCUCCUUUUGGACAUUACACCCAUGUUGACAGUCUUGAAUGGAGUUGUCAUGGAGUUGCAGGACUGUGCCCUUCCACUUCUGAGAGGUAACAUUCCCACUGACAAGUUGGAGGUGGGCUUCAGGGACGUGGAUGCUGCCAUCCUGGUGGGCUCCAUGCCCAGGAAGGAGGGCAUGGAGAGGAAGGACCUGCUCAAAGCCAACGUAGCCAUAUUCAAGAGCCAAGGAGCUGCUUUGGAGAAGUACGCCAAGAAGAGUGUCAAGGUGCUAGUUGUGGGGAACCCUGCCAAUACCAACUGUCUGAUUGCAGCCAAGUCUGCUCCCUCCAUCCCCAAAGAGAACUUCUCCUGUCUCACUCGUCUGGAUCAUAACAGGGCUCGCUCUCAGGUGGCAAUACGCUGUGGCGUUCCUGCCACACAUGUGAGGAAUGUGAUCAUAUGGGGUAACCACUCAUCCACCCAGUACCCAGAUGUGCACCAUUGCUUGGUCAACAUGUCUGGUAGUGACCUCGCCUGCUUCGAUGUAGUCAAGGAUGAUGCCUGGCUCAAAGGAGAUUUCAUCACUACAGUGCAGCAGAGAGGCGCUGCAGUCAUCAAGGCCAGGAAGCUGUCUAGUGCCAUGUCUGCAGCCAAGGCUAUCUGUGACCACAUGAGAGACAUUUGGUCAGGCACCCCUGAGGGUGAGUUCACCUCAAUGGGUGUUUUCUCCUCUGGUAACUCCUAUGGAGUCCCAGAUGACCUCAUCUACUCAUUCCCUGUUCAGAUCAAGGACAAAACCUGGAAGAUUGUGGAAGGUCUAGCCAUCAAUGACUUUUCUCGAACAAAGAUGGAUGCCACAGCAGCAGAGUUGAUAGAGGAGAGAGACACAGCUGUGGCUUUCCUGGGAGUAUGACUAGACCCUCCAGAGCCAUCUGACCAGCUUUUAGACAGUCCUAAAACCCCAGAUGCACGCCUGUGAUAAAGCACUCCACCAGCCCCUGCAUUACUGUGUGCACAUAUGUGAGACAGAGAGAGAACGAGUGUAAAGUUGGAAUAAUACGUGUGUGUUGGGAGGCUAUGUUUCUAAAAAAAAAAA